ACAGCGGAGAGGUAGGGACGUCUUAUUUUACAUAUCACUGACGAAGAGCUGGGAUUUUGAUGUUUAAGAUUCCUACUGUCAGGGCUUUUCACAGUGGAAUGCUACUUGAUACUUGAGGAACAGUUGACGUUAGUUGCACAACCAAAGUCAAAGGUACUACAUGUCUGCAAUGGCUUUUAAAGCAUUCACAAAAACACAGAUCUAUGAAAAACAUGAAGCUCCAAAAGAAAAGGACAAAUUUGGUAUCCAGUGCCUCGAGUGCUUUGAUCGAAAUCUGUAUAUUGGGACUAAAAAUGCGACAGUGCAGCACCUCAUCCUACCAAACAGCACCAUCGGAGACCUGAGUCCUGGCAAAACCAGAGAAGGUAGAGCGAGAAAACUCGGCUCAAGCAACGCAGUCGUCCAACUGAGAGCAGUCCCGUUGUUCAACCACUUGCUUGUCCUGUGGGACCGCAGCGUCACAGCCCUCAACAUGUUCUCCUUAGAGCCGGUUCCUGCUUUGAAAAAAAUCCAGCAGGUUUCUUUGUUUGAGGUGUGCGACUCAUUGCUCACAGCUCAGGCAGGAUGUGUGGAGAUGGUGACUUCCUCCAGCCGCAGGAGACUGAUCCACAUCUACGUGGUGGGAGUGGAUAAGUGGGAGGUUGUCAAGGAAGUGCCUCUACAUCAGGAUCCCGUGGCCUUGGCAGUAGAUGGCACCAGUCUGUGCGUAGCCACCUGCGACAGGUAUCUCCUCUGUGAUGUUGAAACUGGGAGCAAAGAGGAGCUUUUUCCUCACAAUCACAACAGGCAGCGUGUCAUUGUUACCUCAGCAGGACGAGGGGAAUUCCUCCUUAAUGGGCCUGAAUCUUUGGGCAUGUUCGUGAUGAAGACGGGGAUAUGCCAGCGCCCUCCCCUGCAGUGGCCUCAGGAGGUGCUGGCAGCCAGAGUAUGUUUCCCUUACAUUCUCACCCUGCAGCCCCAAGUGCUAUCUGUCUACAGCAUGUUAGAUCAGCAGUGCAAACAGACUGUGAGCCUCCAUGGAGCGAAGGGUCUGCUCUCCACGUCAGAUGGUGUGUUAGCGUUCACAGAGAGAGACAUUUUCAGCCUGCGUCUGGUGCCAGUCGAAGAGCAGAUCCAGGCGCUCGUAGGACAAGAGAGGGUCGAGGAGGCAUUGCUGCUGCUGGAUGGAGUUCAGAGCCGUUGUCCACUUGACUCAUACAAG